AAAAAAGCUUAGAAUAAAAUGUUUAUCAUUUCAGAUAUUCUUGAUUCAGUUGUGCCAGCUUCAUCCCAUGCGUCAGCCAUCAAGAAAGCUAUCUGGGACUUGGAUCUUCUACCAAGUGUUCUCAUCGCAUUGAAGCAAGACUUCUCCCAGAUCACAGGAAAAUGGGACACAGCAGCAGCAUUGUCCAAAAUACUAGCACUAUGCUCAGUUGGAUUGGAUCCAUCAGAAUCACAUGAGUUCUAUGCCAUCUUCCUGCCCGAAUCAUGCGAGCGACUACUGAUACUGUGUCGUAACAUCCAGCACAGGUACACCAAGAUUCCAGAGAAAACGCUAAAGUUGAAAGAUGAUUUGAUUAAAGACUUUCAGGAGGUGUUGGAAGCACUGCGAUGGCUUUAUAGCGCUCAUGUCUUUCUGACAACACAUGGUUAGUUUGUGAUGUUAACA